CAUCGAAUGCAACACUGCGAUAAUUCGUUUUUGCAUUUAUCAACAAAGUGAUUGAGAUAAUUAUUUAUAUUUUCAAAUAAGAGGGUGUUUCUCGUAAUUUAUUAAGCAUUCUAAUAUUUAACACUUCUUACAAUAUGCCAAUUAUGUACAAUACCGGUGAUUGGUUUUCUCUGCGACCGGAUACUUAUAGGAAACUAGACCUUUUUACUCCCGAUUGGCCUCUUGAUGUGGAUUUGGAGUACAUGGAAGUCGUAGGCGCACCAUUUGGUGGACCAUUAGCAAUGAUUCGAGAUCCGAAACAAAUAGUUCCUAUUAAAGGAAGUGUCAAGCCAAUGAUUCGCAUCUUCAAUACAGCGGGUGUGGAAUUAGGAAAAAUUGUGUGGAAUCAUGGGAAGAUAAUUAAGAUGGGCUGGUCAGAUGUGGAGGAGCUGAUAUGUGUUCAAGAUGAUGCGCUGGUUUUCAUCUUUGAUAUGUUUGGAAAAGAAAAGGAGUCAUAUAGUAUGGGGCAGGAAGCUAGCUUAACAAAGAUUGUAGAUGCGAAAAUAUUUCAAUCCACUUCUGGAACCGGUGUAGCAGUGCUUACAACUACUGGCCGCAUUUUCUUGAAACUAAAUAAUGCAAAAGAUGUUCGAACACGACAAUUGCCAGAAAUUCCAAAAUCGGCAUCAGAGUGCUUGUGUUGGGAAAUAAUCACAGAAGAGCGCAAUACUUACUGUCUCUUGGGUCGUGAUCAGGAAGUCGUUAAACUAUUUCCCGGAGAAUCCGUCGGCACUAUUACGCGAAAUCUUUUUGAUCGACCUUUUGAACGUAUUUUGCUCAUGUCGGUUUCGUACAACCAUCAAAAUCUGGCUCUCUAUACAAAUAAUGGUCUUUUGUGGCUGGGUACAGUAGAUAUGAAGAGAAAAUUUUGUGAAUUCGAUACAGGUCGCAAAGAUAUUCCGCGUCAAAUCGAAUGGGUUAUGAACUCGGAAAAAAACGAUGCCGAUGCUGUGGUCAUUUCGUAUCCUUCAUUUUUACUUGUUGUGAACCGUAAUGGUGAUAAAAAUCUGUUCACUUACGACCCAGCUAUAUUUCUAAUAGCCGAAAUGGAUGGAGUUCGUAUUAUAACAAAUAAUGCACAUGAAAUGAUACAAAAGCUUCCAAAAUGUGUGCAAAACAUAUUUGCUGUAAAUAGCCAAGAACCUUCAAGCUUCCUUUUUGAGGCACAGAAGAAAUACCAAGAGAAAUCCCAUCAGGCCGAUGAAUAUCUCAGUCUGUUUCGCAAUAAAAUGGAUGUGGCUGUUGAUGAAUGCAUAGAGGCGGCCGGAUAUGAAUUCUGUACAGAAACACAGAAAAGCUUGCUUCGGACGGCAUAUUUUGGUAAAGGGUUCAUUCCCUGUCAUAAUCCCGAUGAAUAUUUGCACAUACUUAGAAUUCUGCGGGUGCUUAAUGCUCUUCGUCAUGAAAAGAUUGCAAUGCCACUGACUUAUAAACAAUUUUCUCAUUUGCAACCCGAAGUUGUAAUGGGCCGCCUUGUAUUUCGCAAGCACUACGCCAUAGCAAUUCAAAUUGCAAAACAUUUAAAAUUGCCAGAGUCGUGGAUUUUAGAGCACUGGGCAUACCACAAAGUUAUAAAUGACAAAAACGAUAACGAGGUAGCACGAAAAAUCACGGAAAAAUUCAAAAAUCCUUCGAUACACGGAAUCUCGUUUUGCAAUAUCGCUGAGAAGGCGCAUGAUGUGGGACGAGAUGAAUUGGCCAUAAAGUUGCUUGAACUAGAACCCCGAGCAUCGUUACAAGUACCACUAUUGUUGAAAUUGGGGAAAUAUGACCGUGCCAUAAGAAGUGCCACUCAGUCAGGCGACAGUGAACUUGUUGCCACUGUGCUACUGGAAAUCAAAAAGAAAAUGAUGCUUGCCAAUUUCAAUAUUAUAAUUCGUGAGUACCCAAUGGCUUUAAAUAUCUACAAGAAAAUGAUGAACGAAUGGAGCCGAACUGCACUGUAUGACAUCUACAAUCAGGAAGAUGAUCAAAAAUCUAUUGCCGAGUACCAUUUUCGUAAUGCUCUCGAAAGCGACAGCUUAGAGUCAAAUUUGCCAAUUAUCGCCAAUAGUUAUACACAGGGACGUAAAAAUAUCGAGGCUGAAUUAUGCGCGGAUACUGGCAAAAUUUUAAAGCUGCAAAAGAAUGUAUUGAACCCGAAGUACGGCAAAGUACAUCAAAUAAAUUUUAGCGGCCUCUCUGUACAUGACACCCUUCUGCAUCUGUUGCAAAUUGGUGAAUUGAAAGAGGCAGAAAAGAUUAAAAGCGAUUUCAAAGUGCCAGACAAACGAUUCUGGUGGCUGCGCAUUUUAACCAUGUCCGAAAAAUACAAAUGGGACGAUUUGGAGAAAUUUGCUAAAAGUAAAAAAAGUCCCAUUGGGUAUGAACCAUUUGUGGAGGUGUGCAUAAUGCAAAAUAAUUUGCAUGAGGCACGCAAAUACAUUAUUAAGUGUCGUGAUGACCGAAAGGCACAUUGGUAUUUACGUUCGGAACUAUGGGACGAAGCCGCGGACAGUGCAUUUGAAAAUCGUGAUAUUAACACUUUAUAUACCAUUCAAAAUAAAGUGAGUGCGAUUGGUAAUCGUGUGCUUUUGGAAAAAAUCAGCUCACAUAUCGCUGUGUUGGCUUCGAAAAAAUAAAAUCAAAAACAGAUUUAUAUUGAUGAAAUAAAAUUGACAGUUACAUGUUACUUUGACUUUUUCAAAGGGACAUUUAUUUUCCAUAUAUAUGUAUAUUUAUCAUACGUAGAUAUAUACGUUAAUAUGUAUGUAAUUCUGUGUAGUUGCUUAUGAAGGUAUUUAGGUAAUAGAUCACAUAAAGCAAAAAGAAAUAUAUUUAUUUAUAUUUAACUAA